CUAACCCCUUCUUUCCAUUUGCCAAUUAUAUUCAUCAUCUCUUUCUCUUCUGUCCUCUCAUCUCUCUCACUGGACAUGGAAGCAGAAGGAUACUGUGACACAAGACUCGGGCUUGGACUAGGUGGUGAAAACCAUGAGCCAUGGCCACAGAAAAAGAAGGAGAAGCCCGUGGUACGUUUAGACCUCUCAUUUACACUGUGCCCGAAAAACGAUGCCAUGGACAUGGAUCAUCAUGACAAGGCGGAGGGGAUAUGUUUCAAGUCUGAAGAAGAUGAAGAAUAUGGAAUUAAGAGACGUGAUGAUUCCAUUGAUAGUAACAUCGAUGGUUCUGGCAGAAAGAAACUCAGGCUUACAAAAGAGCAAUCCAGCUUGCUCGAGGAGAGCUUCAGAAGGCAUACCACUCUUAAUCCGGCUCAAAAGCAUUCACUCGCCGAGCAAUUGAAUUUGAAGCCAAGACAAGUUGAAGUUUGGUUUCAGAACAGGAGAGCAAGGACCAAGCUGAAGCAAACAGAGGUAGACUGUGAGUUCUUGAAAAAAUGUUGUGAAAGCUUAAGCAAUGAGAAUAGAAGACUGAAGAAAGAAUUGCAGCAGUUAAGGUCACAGAAAAUGGGACGAUCAUCACCAUUAUACACUCAGCUUGCCAAGGAAGCCACAAUUACAAUGUGUUGUUCUUCAUGUAAAGGAAAGUAUCACGACUAACCACAAAAAUGUAGCGGUUUUUGACAUGGUCCAUAAGAGCUAGUCAGCAAUUUUAAUUAAUUGCAAAGCGGCUAUAAUUAAUGGCGGUAGAAAAUUAAUGAUUUUAGUAGGUUUAUUAUAUAUAGAUGAGAAAUUGUUAUCAACACUACUUGGUGUAAAUCAGCUAUUAAUUAGUCAGAAUUAAAAUGCCAAAUAAUUUGAA